CAGCCAUGGCCGACGCGGAAGAGGUUGUGGAGGAAGGGAGCAGCGCAGUUGCGGCAGGGAGUGCGGGUGGAGCUGCUGGAGGAAAGAGGUUUGAGGUGAAGAAGUGGAACGCGGUUGCCCUGUGGGCCUGGGACAUUGUUGUUGACAACUGCGCUAUCUGCCGCAACCACAUCAUGGAUCUCUGCAUUGAAUGCCAAGCUCACCAGGCCUCUGCUACCAGUGAGGAGUGUACAGUAGCAUGGGGCCAGUGCAACCAUGCGUUUCACUUUCACUGCAUUUCAAGGUGGCUCAAGACCCGUCAAGUUUGCCCUCUGGACAACCGAGAUUGGGAGUUCCAGAAGUAUGGCAGGUGAUCAGCGCGCAGGGACCAUGGAGCCGACGCUGAAGGAAGAAAAUGCCGGAUCAGCAUGUGUUUGCAUCCUUUACGUCCGAGCGUUCAUGUCGAGAUGGUUCACUCUGCACUGGUUGCGAUGAGAUGCCCCGUCGGUUGUACUCUAUCCUCGAGCAUACGAUUCACCUCGCUCGCGCUCUCUCCUUGUUGAUGGAAAUAAAGCUCGUCGAAAGACCU